AUGGAUCGAGUAUGUAAAAGCUUAGUUGGUAUGAGGUGCGAUGAUUGUUUAACGUCUUUCGUUGGGUAUCAUGGUGGCACUGCAGGCAAAGACUCAGGUCAUGCUAUCAGCUUCAAAGAGCGCCUAGAUAGCGAGGGAAAGUCAAUGUACUACGCACCCGUAAAGAAGUAUCGCGACGGCUGGAACGCAGGUAUACCCUAUGAGACAGUGGCAAUCGAGUUCAUGGAUGGUGGUGGCUGGGGCGGUUUAGUUGUAUUGACGCAGAACGGCAAGCCCUGGCAGAAUCUCGUCAGGCUUUCUGAUGGCUUCACGCUUGGUGGCGUCCUGCAUGAACUUGGCCACGUACUAGGCCAGGCGCAUGAACACAACAGCGAAGAUCGCGACACUUAUUGCUGGGCUCGCGCCCGCCAGAAGGAAGGCGACCGCAUCACCGAAGAUGGCCUUUGCCUGUUCAUGUACCGCACUCUGAAACGCUUGCAUCUGCUUGUUUUCAUCCAGGUCAUCCCACUUCAUUCAGCGCAGCACUACAUCUCGACUAUCAUCAUGCUGUUCUCUACGUUUAUAAUUCUUCUUCUCUCUUCAAACUCGUUCGCCGCACCCGCCGAUCUCCUACCUCGCGCCACUGCUCAAUGCGGUCAGUACCAAUCCCAAGCCUCCGGCCCAUACACCCUUUACACCAAUGGUUGGGGCUGGUCUUCUGGAACCGGAUCUCAAUGUUCACAAAUCGACAGUCUGACUGGUACCACUCUGGCCUACUCAACAACGUGGUCCUGGUCCGGCACACCCAAUCAAGUGAAGAGCUACACGAACGUCGAGACGACUUUCACGAAGAAACAGCUAAGUGCUUACACAAGCAUGACGACGGCAUGGAAGUGGAGCUAUACUGGAACGGAUCUGCGGGUCAACGUCGCUUACGAUACCUUCCUCGGCGCAUCAGCCAGUGGCGCAAAUCUCUUCGAAGUCAUGGUCUGGCUUGGUGUAUUCGGCGGCGUAUCACCCUUGUCUUCCAAUGGAUAUCCCUUCACACCUAUUGCCACCGUAACUGUCGGUGGCACGAUUUUCGACCUCGCGUAUGGUCUAAAUAGCCCUGUCAAGGUAUACAGCUUUGUCGCUCGCGGAGGUGCUGCGACGAACUUCAGCGCUGACUUGAAUCUGUUCUUCAAGUACUUGUUAGCCAACUACGCAAACAACGGAUUUACGAAUAGCUUGUACUUGCAGACCGUGCAGGCAGGAACGGAGGUGUUUACAGGUAGUAACGCGAAAUUGACUACCACUCAUCAACAAACAUGA